AUGCUUCGUCUCCCCGUUUCUCUGCUCUUUCUGCUUUCUAGAGCUUCUGCUUGCGUCGAUUCAGAAGACGUUGUCAAAAAUCACAUCCAAACGUUUGUUUUGCUUUCAUUUUAUUAAUCUGUUUGUAAUGCUUGAAAAGUCGUCUUUUCAGAAAACUUGACCGAAGUGUGGACCCUUGCACGGAUUUCUACGCUCACGUUUGUCCUGCGAAUUUACCUGUUGGAGAAACAGUUAACUCUCAGCUCGGCUCAAUAUACCAACGCGAAACAGAAAAGUUGCAGACCAAGCAUGAAGAGUUUUUGGUUGAGUGAAUUUUUAUUUUGAACAACGAAUCGUUUUUUUUUAGAGACACAUGAAGGAAUACAUUAUGGAGUUUUCUUAUAACAAAGGUUUUCGCAAAACUGUAAACGAUCUCCUCGAAGUGUCAGUUUAGCUAAAUUUUUUUGGGUAUUUACUAGAAGAUCGUAACAGAAAACUAGUUAAGAAAUUGUGGAACUUCCAUGAGAGACUUCACACCCUGACUCAAAAGCAGUCAGAGAAAACUGAACCUCAAUGCAAUAUUCCUUUUUAUUUAAGGCCAAAGCUUUAGUUAUAUCUUGUAUUUUUUUAAUGGUAAAGUUCGAAAUUUCCGGUUUCCUAACCCUCCCCCACAAAAAAAGCAUAGAGUGCAAUGACUUAUUUGGAAUGACAGUUUUUUUCCUGCUUAUUGACCUUCAAGAAAAAAACCAGAUGAUUUUCUGAAAAACGCCUCAAUUUUUCCAAAAAAAUCAUCAGAUCAAAAAAAUAGAAAUUCAGGUGCGACGUUGACAAAAUAAAAGCGCUCAAUUACGUUCUUCAAGCUAUUCAAAUUGACCUCAACAAAAAAACGCGUCCUGUGAAAACAUCAGCUACAAUUUUGGAAUAGAAGCCCCCAAGAUUAAAAAUCACACAGAUAUUGUGAGAAAGUGUAAUUUUCCGUUUUCAAUUUCUUAUUUUUUAGCAUCUUAGUUUUCUCGAGAUUCUGAGCAAUGGUCCGCGUGAACUCGAGUUCUCAAAGACUGAAUUAGCUCAAUUGUUGGACAGAAACGAAAAAAUUUUCUUUGAAAGCUUCAAAGACGAAGUUGCAAACAAAUUUACGGUAUGCCAACUUUUGAGUCAGUUUUAUAUACUUUCUUGCAGGAAACACCGUGGUUAAACAACCGAAACGGGACAGAUUUUUACUUGGACUUUUUCAAAAAUCGCUUUUCGCUUUUUCAAAGAACCAGCGAAAGUGUUCAUGCUUGGCAAUUGAUUUUUGACGAGUUGGAAAGAUCUUCAUUACAUUGCAAGUAAGAAUUUCCGAUGCUCAGUUUUUUGAUUUAUCUUUUUAAGGCCUAACAGUACCAUCCCUUCUUUUGUUUGUGUGUAUCAAGAACUGGUUAAAAUGAAAGAAAAUGGAGCAAGACCAAUGACGGAAUUUUACAUGUUCGAGCAGAGCUCUAAUGCUUUUAACGACGUGGGAAUCUUUAUUGAAUUUUAUUAAAUAGCUUAUUUUGACAAUGUUUAUGGAGGUGUCAAAUUUUGGACAGUACUCUCUGGGGAAAAAGGACGCCUCAUUUAUUGAUAGACGUUCGAACCGUUCCAAUGAGCCCUUUAAUCAAAUAUUCACGAUUGCUGAAAACAAGAAUUUGAAAACGAGUUCAAUUUAGGCGCCUCCGAAUAGUCAAAAAGCUGGUUCACCGCCCUUUUUGAAUUUAUCUUACUAAUUUAUGACGGCCAAAUGAGAAAUACUAGCGAAGGUUUGAAAAAUAAGUGAAAAGAGCGAUAAACGAGCUCCAAGUAAUCGCUGGAGGCUGAACUCGCGCCAAAAAAGCCAAAAUGAUGAAAAACUGAAGGCAGUCAAGAACUGCGCGGCUUUUGCGGGUGAACGGCGGAAGAAAUAAGGCCAGCGGGUGACCACGAAUUUCAACUCGUUUCUCAAUUUUUACCCAAAAAAGCGCAACACUCUCCGCUCAAAUUUUCAACUUUUCCAGGGGAAUGGUCAAAUAAUGGUGAAUCGUGCAACUCAACUCCUGACACUCACGAACAACAAAGCGCGACUGGUACUUUGUUCUUUGAGGGUUCCAUUAAUUAUUUGCAGUAUGGCGGUUAUGGAAGUAUCAUCGGCCAUGAAAUAAUGCACACGUUUUAUUCGUCGGAAACAGAUCACGACCUUCUAAAAUAUUAUUUCACAAAUUCAUCUCAGUGUGUUACAAAACAGUUUGCGGCAACUUGCAAAGAGUUCGGGGUAGGUGUUAAUUCUCAUUGGAAGUGAAUUUGUCUUUCUCAAGGGGAACUGUAUCUUUUCUGGAACUGCGAUAACAGAAGAAGAAGAUGGAAGCGACUUGGCUGCGAUUCGCGUAGUCUAUUCAGACUUCCAGAAGAAGUAUCUCCACAGCGAAGUUUGACAAAUUUUUCGAAGCCAUCAACUGGCCAGAGAGCCGUUUUUUAAAUAUCAAAAACUGGAACAUGUUUUCAGAAAAGUGACAUCGAAGGUAUAACUACGGAACAAAUGUUUUUCUAUUCUAUGGCGUCUUUUUGGUGUGCUGAAGUUAGUGAAAACACAAACCUCCUAAUUCGAGUUGAUCACUUUAGAGAACUUUCGCGCUUGGAGUUGAAGAUACCCAUUCUGGAUCGUACAUCAGAGUCAACGCGUUGAUGUCGCAAAUGGACGAGUUCAAACAGGCCUUCCAAUGCGCUGGAGAUUCUCGGAUGAUCAGGAGCAAGGUUUUUUCAAGUCUUUCAAUGAAAAUAGGGUAAUUCUUAAGGUCGAGCACUGUUCGAUUUUUGGUUCUGACGCUCCACAAACGCGAAAACAUUUCAUUUCUGCUCCUCUAACAAAAAACAAUUGAAUUUUUGAAUGUUUCUUGUUUUUUUUUAUCCUUGUUCUUGAUUAUACAAUUGAAAGUUGUAUAAAGAACUGUUUCUUAAACAGCGGCUAUAUAUUUUUAAAAAAAUGUUAUAAAACAACCAACUGGCGAAUGUUUGGAGAAAAAAAUGUUGAUGAACUUUCGAACGAAAACAAAGUCCAAUUUAUAUAAAGAGGCAGUUUUUGAAACACGACUGAAAAUGCUGCUUCUCCCGGUUCUUCUGCUUGGCCUGUUUUCAACAAGUUCUGCUUGCGACGAUUCAGAAGACUUCGUGAAAGCUCACAUCCAAACGUCAGAGUCGUACUUAGAAAUUUUCAGCGAACCGUAUUCUUAAAUUUUUUUUAAUUGUUCAAUUUUUUUAUAUUUUUUUAAAAAAAUUUUUUUCAAUAUUCUUAAUAAUUUUUUUAAAUGUUCUUAAAAAAAGGUAAAAAAAUAAUAAUUUUUCAGAAAAAAAUAGACAAAACUGUUGACCCAUGCUUCGAUUUCUACACUCACGUUUGUCCUGUCAAAUUUUCUGAUACAGAAUCAGUCAAUGGGAAGCUCGAACAACUCUAUCAGAACAAAAUUAAAGAAAUUCACACGAAGCACGACGAAUUUCAGGUUGAGUUGAAAGAUUUUCCGAUAACAAGAACGUAUUUUAGAAACAGCUGGCGACUUAUGUGUUCAAUGUUCGUAAGACUGUGGACGAUCUUCUUGAAGCGUCAGUUUUAUGAAUUUUUAGAAGAUAGUUUUGUUUUAAAAUUGGUUUGUGACCAACAAAUUCAUUGGGAAAAAUUGUCUUGAACUGAAUGAAAUAUACAGUACCGCCAGGAAAGAUAUUGACUUUCCGAAUAGCUUCUAAAGCUGCGAUUUUUUCUGUGAGCUGGAACUCCAUCAGAGAGACAAAAUUUACAGCCAUCACAACGGCAGAAAAUUUCAGACAAAUUGAAUUCCUCACAAGAAAGUUGUGACUGAAAAUCCGUUUUUAUUUGUAUCUUUCUGAACGGUACGGUGAAAUAGCUUUUCAUUAUAAAUGUAAUUCAAGACUUUUCAUUAUAAAUGUAAUUCCCUCUGUUUGGACAAUGUUUAAUAACUUCACUCUUUCUGCCAGCGUCAAUUUCUUUGGCAUGUAACGCUUCCUGAGCAAAAUUAUCAACUCGUCGUACGACAGAUUUUCUAUAGGUUUAUCAGACAGGGAUUCUAUUUCUGCGUAAACUGUGACACCUAUUUCGCAUACUAAUAUGCACGCUUUUUCCGUAUCAACAGUUACUUUACGCAUCUUCAGAAAAUUGUUGAACAUCUUCUCAUAUAUUUCCCAUGACGUGCCCGGUACGUAGGCACCGGGUCCUUUCGUCAGGUAUGAGUUUGAUGACACAACAGGGUUUUCCGUCAUUAUUUCUUUCUUUUAUUUAGUUAGUCCGCUUACUGAUCGCCACUUUAAUGUAUCUUUGUGUGCGUGUCAGAAAGAAGAGUACUCGCCACUUAUUUAUUAUCAGUGGUGAAUAAAGAUGGAGAGUGGAGAUUGGAGAGGUAGUUGUCGAUUAGUCCGUAGCUGGAAGCGACGGAGGAGCUGGAGGCGAAUGGUGGGCGGUACGAGCAAUCAAGAUCUGAGUUCCCGACUUCUUUUAUACUCUUAGUUGGGAUAUCUCUCACGUGAUCUAUUAUCUGAUCACUAUCAAUUCACAUAUUCAACAUGUAUUUCCGGAGGGUACGGUAAAAUAGCUUUUCAUUAUAAAUGUAAUUCAAGAUGUGACGCUAACAAAACUCAAGCCAUUCGAUUCGUCAACGCAACUACGGGCUUACAAUUCUUUGAAAUGGCACCUUGUGAAAUGGUCAGCUACGCCUUUGGAUUCAAUGCGUCUGUGACCAGUCCUCAGAAACUUGUGGGAGAAUAUAACUUUUUUUGGAAAGAAAGAUUUUUCAGUACGGUUAUUUUCUGAACGUUUUGCUCUCAGGCCCACGUGAGAUUGAAUUUUCCAAGUCUAAAUUGGGACAAACAUUGGAUAAAAAAGAAGCGGAUUUUUUCGAGAGCUUCAGAGAGGAAGUCCGCAACAAGUUUUUGGUCCGUUAUUUUCUUUUACAUCAUCUCAUUCAUGUUUCUUCCAGGAAACACCGUGGUUGAAGUUCAGAAACGGAACAGAGCUGUACUUGGAACAUCUGGAAAGUAAUUUAUCACUAUUUCGAAGAGACCCAGAAAUGUUACAUGCGUGGGAAGUAAUUUUUGACGGGCUGGAGAAUCAUUCGUUGAGCUGCAAGUGAGGAAUUUCAUUAAAAAUUCCAAUCUUCUAUUAAUAAUUGGGGAAAUGUUUAGGCCUAACAGUGCCCUCCCAUCUUUCGUUUGUGCGAUCGAAGGAUUGGUAAGGCUGGUAAAUGAGGAAGCAAGGCCGCUUUUGGAAUUUUUGAUGUUUGAGACAGAUUUCAACGCAUUCAAUGAUGGGGUAAGGAUUGAUUUUGUGAUGUUUUCAGUAUUGCUAGUAAUGACAUCAAAAAUGAUUUCUCUAACUCAAUACAGAGGUGAACUUUUACUUUUAUAGUAUGGUUCAAUAUUCAUGAACCGACCAGUUCAAUUUUUGACUCUGACGGAUAACAUGGCGCGACUGGUACGUUUAUUCUUCCGGAACACUUUGAAUAUAUUCAUUUGCAGUAUGGUAGUUAUGGAUUUGUUGUGGGGCAUGAAAUUAUGCACACCUUCUACUCUUCGAAGGAAGAUGAAGAUGUUCUGAAAGAACACUUCACGAACUCCUCUCAAUGCGUGCAGAAACAGUACGAGAAAACUUGCAAAGAGUUUGAGGUAUAGUUCAUACACCAUUGGUCAGACUAGGAGUUGUUUCAACCCCCGGAAGAACUUUCAGAUGAACCUUCGCCAGAAUGUACUUCAGGGCCAGAUGUUUGCAAAAAAAGAGAAAAAAAUUCUUGUAAUAGAACUAGCUACCGAGUCGACACGCUUUAAAAGCUUCAAAAGACGAUUUUUUUUACAAUUUGUAUAUUUUGAAAACUUCGAAGCUUGAUAACUCAAUAACAAAGAUCGAUUGCAAAAUUUUUUUUUACAUGUUUUCAAAUCUUAAGAUCCUAAAAUACACUUCGGCAAAGCUUCAUCAAAAGUUCAACUGGACGCUAAAAUACACUCCUCAGUGAGAUAUAAAUCAAUAAGGUUUCUAGAAAUGUACUAAACAUUUUUAUAGACUCCUUGUGAGUCCUCGGGGACAAACGUCACAAACGAAGAAGACGGAAGCGAUUUGGCUGCGAUUCGAUUAGUUUACUCAGACUUCCAAAGAAAUCACCUUCACAAAGAAGUUUGAAAUAUUUCUUUCUCUCAUUCAACUUAUUCACUUGAACUUUUUUCCAGAAGAGUGAUAUUGACGGCGUGACGUCGGAACAAAUGUUUUUCUACGCUCUGGCGUCUAUGUGGUGCAAAGAAGUGAGUUGAAUCGAAUGAGUUUUUUGAUUGGAACUUGGACUUCAGAGAAAUGGCAUAAGAAUUCCCGAUGUACAUUCAACCCAGUAUAUAAGAGUGAACGCGUUGGUGUCCCAAAUGAACGAAUUCAAAGAGGCUUUCCAAUGCGCUGAAGAUUCUCGAAUGAUGGCAAGCAAGGUUUCCUUGAAUUUCUUUCGCGGAAAUGAAAAAACGUUUCAGGUUGAACACUGUGCUAUUUUCGGUUCUGACGCUCCGCAAACCCGGAAGACCAAUAACAGCACUGCGCCAUCUACAAAGGAAAUUUGA